CACAGUCAUCAGAUCACAGCAGCUCUCUUACAAUGACAACCAGACAGUUACUAUCAGCUGAGAUGCACUGACAAUAACACUCAAUAGGAUCAGCCAACCAACUAUUGCCACCAACAUUACUGCAGCUAUGCCCAUUGCGGAGCUUUUGGGAGUCCAGUUCGACAUGCAGCUGCUGUGGAAACUUAGUGUCUCUGUGGCUGCAGCACUGCUGGUUUCUUGGGCCUACAGGUUCUACAGCUCCAGGCAUACAAGAAGAAUCCAGCUCUAUGUCAAAGACAAAGAGCCAGGAAAUGCAACCUGCCAAAACUGCGAGACAACACUUCAACAUCAAAGCUCAACAAAACAUGAGACAGAUGAUGCGGGCCAGCAAUCCAGAUCGUUGCUAGCAGAUUCAGGUGAUGACCUGACAUCUGACAGCACCAAGGAGACACCAGCUGAGACUCUUCCACAUCAGGUUAAAACAAGUGAGGAUGUGUUUGCGACAAACGAUGACCACGAUAACAGCAUGGAUGAAGAGAUAAGCACUUAUGAGAAGCAGGGACAGGUUGCCACCAGUAAUGUUAUGUUUGGAUCUGCUUUGAAACUUCCUGAUCCAACAGAGAGUGGGAUGGUCAGUACAACGGGGCGGCGCUCCCCUUGCAUUUUGCAGAAGCUGGAGAAAAGUGUGGGUGUGGGCAGAGAGUUAAGACAGGACCUGGAGAGCAAAGGGUCCUACUCCAGCUUCCUCUCCAAGGCAGAGGUCAAAGUGGAAGAUGCAAACAUAGUGCUGGAAGGGACAGGAGACCAGGUUGUGCGUGGAAAGAUAUAUGAUUACUAUGUUGAGUCAUCUUCUCACUCCAUUACAGAUAUUAAUAAGGUACUUUCUCAGUAUGAGAGGGACUUUGAAUCAAAGCCAGGGGAGUUUGGAAGCCAUGGCAGCAGUUUCAGAGAGUCUCCAUCGUCUUUAAACCCCAUCACUAUUCGUGAUCUGGUUUCACCACAAAGCACUGUUAAAGAUGCCUCCUCGCCAGGGUGCCUCAAGCUGAGAAACCCCCCAAGGCCUGUACUCUUACGCAAAGAGAGCUAUCUGUCUGCAGCACAGGAGUCGGAGCUUUCGAUCCCCUUUCUAACUUCAAGAGCCUCAACUCCAGUGACUCACUCUCGGGCUAUAGCUGGCGAUGAGUCUGUCUCUGUUCACCCAAUUAUCAGUCCUGCUACUGACAGCAAAAUCCUUAAUGUGAAGGAGGGGAUAGAUAGAGAGGCUGCAGAAGGGGCUCCAUUUUUAGACUUUCAAACAAAAAUUCUUGAUGACACAGAUUUAGAAGUCUUAAAGAGUAAGCUUGAUCUGGGUAAUUGUUUGGAGACACUGUGCCUUGCUAAGAAACAUGGCCAGACAUCUUUGCAGAAAGCAGCCCUGGGGGUCAUGUCUGAUAACUACCUCCAUGUGCUCAGGGAUCCCAGCCUUUAUGGGCGGCUAAUGGCUGGUGAGCGGGAACAAAUCCAGAGGCAAAGAAUGAGGGGGAAGAGGUUUGUCAUGGUUGCAGACAUGGAUCCUCAAGAUUGGGUCAGCAACACUGAAGGGCGCAGAGCAACAUCAGAGCAGAGAAGGACAUCAAGUGCAGUGUACUAUUAUGAUGACUACAAAGACACUUGGCAUACACUCUGCCUAAUCCCACAGGAGGUCAUCUCUAAAGCCUGUGCCAUGUGCACAAUGGAUAACUACUUAUUCGUGGCAGUGGGCUGCCAAGGCACUGACAGAGAAAUGACACCCUCAAAGCGAGUGUUCUGCUACAAUCCUUUGACAUCCAUUUGGAAAGAGAUCAGUCCUAUGAAUGAAGCCAGGCCCCGCUGCAAACUGGCAGCACUGGAGGGCUACAUAUAUGCAAUUGGAGGAGAGUGCCUCUCCACUGUGGAGCGCUACGACCCACGAUUGGACAGAUGGACAUUUGUGGCUCCUCUGCCUAAUGAUACAUUCGCUGUGGCACACCAUGUGACAGUGUGCGAUGGAGAGCUUUUUGUUUCCGGGGGUACUCUUAAAUACAUGCUAUUACGCUACAACCCCAAAACUGACACUUGGAGGCCAAGUCUCAUAGUAGGCAGCAAAGACAAGACUGUAGAUAUUGUGGCUGUGGGGAGAUUUUUGUAUCGGUUUGAUGUUAACCCAGUCCUGGGUGUCAGUGUGUACCGCUACCAUACGGUGGCCCGACUGUGGUAUGAGUGCAGCUCCAAACGGAUUCUGCAUUGCCCUGCGUUUCAGUGUGUCGCGAUGAAUGACACAAUAUAUUGUGUCAGCCGCCAGUUCACCAUGAAGUUCGAGGCUGAUGAGAUCUCUCCUGCUUUCAUAGAUGGGGAUUUGAGCAUACUCUCUGCAGCCAAGGGCAUACUUUUCCCCUUUAUUCUUUCACUACCUGAUAAGAAGCCUCGGCAGACUAGUGUGUAAUGAAGAUUCAAUUUUCCAUUGAUGGUAAGAUUAGAUUGUGAUUGAGUAUCAUUACGAGAGCAUGCUUUACAUCAAGUUUAUUGUUGCCUGGGUGAGUUUUGCUUUGGUCAGGUUUAUGUUCAACUCAGCCCAGCCCCAAAUUUCAUUGCAAAAUUGCAACCACUUUUCUAUCACUUUUGAAGUGUUAUUAAGAUUCCCUUUCCACAAAGCAAGAAAGCAUCUGUUUCUAAAAGUACUUUAUUUUCAGUGGAUUGCAUAUUACAGAAAGAAUUGUGUUUUCCUCAUGUCUCAUUCUUGGCAAUAGAUGUAAAUUAUAAGACUCUUAAUGGUAGUCAGACUACUGUUUACCUAGAUUUACACAGGAUGUGCUGCCAUUGAAACUGUUUGCUACUUUGAUUUGCAACUUCUUCUUGCUAUUAUGUUAGUUUUAUAUCAUCCCAGAUGCUUAAUCUCUUUAAUGCAAAGAUAAUUCAUAAAAAAGCAUCAGAGUAAACGAAAUCAUUCAGCGCUAACUGAACAAGAAUUUAACAAUAUAAUUUUAAUCUAUUACUGUGUCCCCUUGUGUAGGGCACAAAUAUAUUUUACACAGUGGCCUGAAUACAACGUCAUUACUUACAGUUGCUCUUUAGAUAUGACAUGAUGUAAAUGGGUAUGCCAUACAAUAUAAAUAGGUAAGCUUCGAAAGCAUUUGUCACUGCACUGAAACACUCAGACUUGUAGUUAUUUCUGUCAUUUCAGUCACCUUCUAUGGUGGCAAGAAAGAUGUGUAUUUGUUUUCAAUGUGAAUAAGAAUAAGAACAUCCUCAGCUCAUUGUAUCAAAUGAUAUCUUCACUUUGUUUGCUAUUGUUUUAUAAACAUCAGAGGAAUUUAGAAAUGUGUCAUUCUGUGAAUAUUAAUCCACACUUAGUGACUAAUUCUAUUAAACAAGAUGUCUAUUCUGCUGUUUGUGUGACUUAUAAACAGUAAUAGAAUAAUACAAGCACAAUCUAAACAUGUGUGGUUUAUUUUACUGUGUUGAUUACAUUAACAACUGAAUAUGCAUAAGAAUGAUGCAAAUAUUAAA